GAAACGGAGUGUGUCAUUAAAAACUAGGCCUUUAAACUGUUGAUCUCUUGUCCUUUCUAAAUCUGAUUCUGGGUUUUCUUUUUGCUUUCAAAUUUCCAUUGUUGUAUAUAAAUUAGCAUUUUUUCGUGGGAGAAAGAUAUUGACUUUUAGGACUAAAAUGUAUGUGAAGAGUAGAGGAGAGUUUGCUUCAAAGCAGGUCUUGUCGAAGAACUUGGCUCUCGUGCUUUGUCUUGCUAGCUUCUGUGCAGGAAUGUUCUUCACCAAUAGGAUGUGGAUUGUACCUGAUGCGAAUGCCGUCACGUGGACUUCCAGAGCCGACGGUAAACAAUUUGUGGAUUGUAAUCAGAACAUUGUGAGUUCUUUUAAUGAAGCCAAUAGCUCUAGAGGCAUUUCAGAGUCCCAACAUUCUAUUGAGACCGUGGAUAAAGCCAUUUCAGAUUUGGAGAUCAAAUUGAUGGCUGCUAGGGCAGAACGUGAGACAAUUAUAAAAGACCCUAUGAUAUCUGAUGGCGUGAAGAAUAUUGAAUCGACUUUAAAAGGAAAAUAUUUUAUGGUUAUAGGAAUCAAUACAGCUUUUAGUAGUCGUAAGCGAAGAGAUUCAGUACGUGCUACUUGGAUGCCUCAAGCUGAGAAGCGCAAAAAAUUAGAGGAAGAAAAAGGCAUCAUCAUACGGUUUGUUAUAGGCCACAGUUCAACAUCAGGUGGCAUUCUUGACAAAGCCAUUGAAGCUGAGGAAAAGGUGCAUGGAGACCUUUUGAGAUUGCAACAUGUUGAAGGCUACCUGGAGUUGUCGGCCAAGACAAAAACUUAUUUUGCCACUGCUGUUUCCCUGUGGGAUGCAGAAUUUUACAUCAAAGUCGAUGAUGAUGUUCAUGUGAAUCUAGCAACACUUGGUAUGACUUUAGCUGGACAUAGAAAGAAACCCCGAAUUUAUAUUGGCUGCAUGAAGUCUGGUCCUGUUCUUGCUCGAAAGGGAGUGAAAUACCAUGAACCCGAGUACUGGAAAUUUGGCGAGGUUGGAAACAAAUAUUUCCGACAUGCUACGGGACAACUGUAUGCUAUAUCGAAAGAUUUGGCCACUUACAUAUUGAUAAAUCAGAAUGUACUGCAUAAAUAUGCUAAUGAAGAUGUUUCGUUGGGAGCUUGGUUUAUUGGUUUAGAUGUAGAGCAUGUGGAUGAUAGGAGACUCUGCUGUGGUACUCCCCCAGAUUGUGAAUGGAAAGCUCAAGCUGGUAAUAUCUGUGUUGCUUCAUUCGACUGGAGGUGCAGUGGUAUUUGUAAGUCCGUGGAGAGGAUUACGGAGGUUCAUGAACGUUGUGGUGAGGACAAGAAUGCUUUAUGGAGCACGAACUUCAUGCAAGCGACAAAAACUUCUUCCUGAGGAACAAUAUACUUGAAGAGAACUAGCACAGAGAUGCUUUUGUCACCUUUCUAUAAUUUUCUCCCCUUUCCCCACAUUUAUGUUUGCAUCCAUAGGUGUAAAGAAUGUGUAGCAGUAUAGGAUACCAUAGAAAAACAUAACAGAUACCCCUUGCUUUUUGCUUCUGGGGUACCCCUCUACCUCUUAGGAUACCU